AUGAAGGGACGGGGAUUAUCGGGGACGGCGUUGUGGGAAUUGAUUGUGGGUGCGGGUCUGGAGUCGCGACCGGCAUUGUAUAAUCUGGUGGACGCAGCGGAGCAAGCAUACUCGCGGAUCGCCCGGCGUCGCCGCCGUCGCGCGGAGGCGAGCGAGUUGGCUUGGCGCGCGGUGCAGGCGGUUUAUUGCCACCGCAACCUGUAUACGUGGGCGAAGAGCAAGACCUACGAGGACCAGCCGUGUGCACUCACACACGUCGUUCGCCUAGGCGCACUCUACUUCGCCACCGCCGGCCGCGACGGCAUGGUCGAUGUCUUCCACUCUUCUACCGCGACCCUCGCCUCUCGCUUCAGGGGCACGCGCUUCAUGGCCCCUAUUUCCUGUCUGGGCGAGAUUGCCUGCCACGACGUCGCCAGCCAACUCCUGCCCCCAACCAAGCGGCCUCCAAACCGGGAAGAGUGUCCUUGUCAAGAAGAAUGUGGAAGUCAGGAAGACUGUCCAAGUCAGGAAGACUGUCCAAGUCGGCGGAGUCCUUCAGACCGGGUGGGCAAGCUGCUGAAGGACCUGCCCGGCACCACCUGGGCCCAACGGCUGGGGCUAGCGGACUUGACCAUUGGCGUCUGCCCGGGUGAAGCUGACUGCUGCUGCACCAGGCGGUGGCUCUGGGUCGGCGACUGCAUGGGACGUGUGCAGGUGUGGGCGUUGUCGGAGGAAUGCGCCUUCGCGUGCUCGCGGCCGCGGCAUGUGCUGAGCUAUGACGCGACCGACGGCGACGGAUGUCUGAGUGGUUCGAACAGACCGUAUGAAGGUCGCGUUUGCCCCCGAGCCGUACAUGCGACAAUCCAGCGGGGCCUCUUCGUCGUUGUCUACUCCGACUCCUCUGUCGUCUUCUGUAACCUCCGUACUCUCAUCUGGGAACGGCACCAGGCCCCCGGCCAGAUGGAGGCCCUCGUCUACGGCGCCGACAUCUGGGUCCCCCCAGAUUUAUUACGAGAAGAAGAACCGCCCCCCGAUCCCGACUGCCAGGAAUCUGAACCUGAAGAGCCCGGAGUAUGGUACCACCCCUUGGGGUCCUGUGGGGACGAGUUCGCCGGGGGGGCGGGCACGGAGUGGAAGCAGACGUCAGAGCGACGCACUGCCAGUGAACAACCGGAACCGGCAAUGCUCUUUACGGUUGGGUUCAAGACACGGCGACUGCUCAAGCCGUUUAUCAAAGGAAAGAGACCUACCGUCAGAACCACAUUCAGCUUGCCGGUGCUCUACUACUACCUCACCUCCAAAAUGGAGGUGGCCCCGGUCCAUGACUACGUUGCGGAACGGCCCUGUCCGCCUGGUGACUCGACGACGUACGUUUACAGCUUAUCCGUGUUUCAGCCGGGAAGUCAGCCAGACAGUCAGCCAGGCAGUUUGACUCAAGAACCACGGGAAUCGAACACUGUACGAUUCCGUUUUUACACUCCCGGAAGGAGCGUGUAUUGCGAUUGGGAAGAGUGUGGAAUUCACUUGUGUCGCGGCAUUACCGUUACACAGUCGGGUUUUUGGCGGACGGCCAACAGUACACCGCAGCCGUUGCCGAUGGCCCAGAACAAGUUGGACUUUGCCGCGUACGGUACUUCGGAUGCGAUCUGGGUGGAGGAUCGGUAUAUGAUGACGAUAGAGUGUGCGACUGUACGCAAAGGUACGAGUAAAAGUCAGGUAACAGUGUUUGAAGUGAAGAGGCCUUCUUUACAAAAAAGCUCUUUGUGGAAGGGUCGGGAGAGCUCAGGCCAGGACCAGGAGUUGGAAUUGGUGCUUACGAGGGAGUUGCCGGGUACGGUCGAGUACUUCGACCAUGUGGGUGCGUUGGUGUUGUUAGGUACGGCGGACACGGGUGAGCUGCACAUAUUGGACAUGCGGGAGUUGCGGUUACGAUGGCGGCACCGUUGCAAAAACGGGAUCGGUUUCACAUGUGGUAUCCUGACGGCUCGGGGUUGCGUGGCGGGUACGGAGACGGGUCGGUUCGUAGUCUUUGAACCCCGCGGGUUGUUGGAUACUAACCGCUACAUGUACACUCCACCUAUCCAGUUCCUAAACACGAGUGGCUCGCCAGUGGUGUUGGGUGCCACGCGGGUGUGCGUGGCGACGAUUUGUGACCAGAGUGGUUUGUCAAUGAGUACGGAGUUGGCGCACCUUCAUGUGACGCCCUAUGUAGCUCGAGCAGACCGUCAUUACUAUGACGACUUUUGCGCAGUCUUGCGUCGCUGGUAUGCGGCCGAGGGUGAGGACCCGGAGGAUGACCCGCAGGAGGUUGCGGCAGGUAUCGAAGCGGCAGCCAAGCGAUAUUGCGAAGCCGUGCAGGGUGUCCUGUCCUUCAACGUCGGCGCGGCGACUGUGCUUGUUGACCCCAACUGCGACUGCUGCCUUACCGUCUGUCAGAAACCUCUGUCGCCGCUGUUUAUUUCGCCACACGCCGGAGGACCCAGUCUGAGAGCCGCACAUGUCGCCACUCCGCGACUACCAACGGAGGAGGUGGAGGAGGAGGAGGAGGAGGAGGAUGAGGAGGAUGAGGAGGAUGAGGAAGAUGAGGCUGCACUCAUCCAGGAGGAAGACGAUGAUGAUGAAGAGGAUGAUGACGAAGCACUGGUAGUCUCUGAGGACGACGUUUAUUUGUAUCACUCUCCGCCAUUUGGGUUUCGCGCGACUCUCGACAGCGACAGUAGCGGCAGCGACCGAGCCUUUGGUCGUGGACGCGAGGUCGAGGACGAGGAGGAAAGGAGUGAAGAAAGCGGCAACGGGGGUAGCGACGGAGACAGUGACCAGCUGGCCGCCGACGGAGACAGUGACCAGCUGGCCGCCGACGAUAGUAGUGUAGAUAGCAGCCCCGCCGGCCGACCAGGGCCCCAAUCGGGUCCGAGUUACUGGUUGCGGAUCCCGUCCGAACAGGUGGCCAUUGAAACCGCGACCAGCCGGGACCAGCCCAAGUGGAACCUCCCAUUCGCGACCGAGGCCGCAUGGGUGGCAGGGACACAAGAUGAGCGACUCCGGCGAGACACGUGGCAGCAUUGGGCACACUUAGCACACCCGCGACCCGCGCGCCCGCCACCAGGCGCCGAAGAAAGUUCCACUGGGGUCGAAAGUCACCCAGCGAACCAUGCAGCGAAACGCAGAAGACGACUGAUGGCCAUCGAUAGCGACAGCGACGUGGACUCGGUAUCCAGAACUCAGUCGGGAACGCAGGCACAGGCGGGGACGGACGCGGCGACCUUUUUGGGGCCGACGGCCUGGAGGUCCGGGGCUUCGGCACUUGGAGUCACGACGACGUCGAUAACCGGGGCACCUGGAACUGGGGGAAAUUCGGCACUUGCGGCGGAAUCCCAGAACAGGGAACGUUCAGGCAAACGGUUGACAAUGGAUGAGCCCGUGACAUUGUUUAGCGAGUCAGAAUCUGUUGGUGACGAUAGCAGCUCGAAUGCAGCGACAGACACCGGGAUGUGUAUUAGGGCAGAUUCCUGUCCCUGGACGGUGAGAAGCUGUGAAGAGGACGGCGACCAUCGACAUGAAGAGGACGGCGACCGCCAGCAGCCUGAAGCGGUUUCCGGCGCAACACUGAACGGGAAUGCGAACGAAAUGAAUCUGAACGGCAUCAAAGCGACCAGCGGUGCUUGUAUUCUUUGCCGCCGAGACUUCGGAUUUGAGGAAGGCGCAAUCCCGUUCGGCGGGUUGUCCUGUUCCGUAUUACGACAUUAUUCUCGGUUGGAUGAACUGAGGGAUAAAUUGGCCUUCCGUCCGUAUGAACUAAAAGGUCCCUUCACCUCGAAGAACGACCCCGACCCCUUUUACCUACAUCGAAUCUGUCUGCUAUCGUUAUGUCCUAAGCGGCCCGGUCCCUUCGUGAGCACGCCGUUCAGCAAGCUGACCAUGGCUGCCUUGCGUAAGGCGAGCAGUCGUUGUCGUCAUUGCGAGAACGAAGGUGGAUUAGCUCUGUCAUGCGCCGUGUGUGGGUGCCUUUCACACGCAAGCUGCGCCUAUGAGGAAGUGGCGGAAACGAAACCUUCCCAAAGGCUACCUUCCGUCAGUGCCAAGACCAGUGUGGAACUGCUUGUAACCACCGGCGUGUUCCUCUGCAAUAAGUAUCAUACACUUCUAGCACUAUACACUCGUGUAGGUAGGGACAAUUGUGUGGGCCCUGUACUUCUCGGGUCCUGUGCACGCACUAGUAUAUGUUCACACACUAGUGUGUCUUCAAAGACUAGUGUAUGUUUACAAACGAGUGUUUUUUUUAGAUGCACUGAACUGGAUUCCUACGGAUAUACUGUGGCGCAAGGCGGAAAUCUCGUAUCUGAGACUCGCUCUGCACAAUUGUUGUGCUCUCUGGUGGAGGGCGACGUUAUCUACGUACCUAUUCCGAACAACAAGUUUGCGAUGAUUGAAAGCGAUUUGUUUGAGAGCCACGUGGGGAUAGUGUUGGACAGUGAGGCUACAUACGGGCUGCUUCCGAUCGCGGAUCCCAUCGCGGCUUCAGAUGAAAGUUCGGACGAAAUUUGUAUCCUCGACUGUUGUACUCCUUUAGUAGAUAGUGUGUUAACGGUGAUGGUCGUAGAACCCAGGGAACACAGGGGGUUUGUCUACAGGAAGUUGUGGUCUUCUUUUGCGACGCCUCCGAUCCUGAAACACAGCGAGGUCUUAAUGGGUACGACCGUCGACAAUCCACUAAGGAGACUCGCCUAUGCAAGUCCUUUCAUAGAAGCUGACAACCCUCAGAGGAUGACAGCGAGACUCACGAAGCUGAUUAAACCGAUCACGGAACCUCCCCGCAGCACAGAUGGUUCUUUUACUGACGGCACAGAUCCAGCCGAACUGGGGAACAAACCCGCAGGCAUAGAACUGAUUGUUGCUGCAUUGCAGUGUCAAAAUGGCUACAAGCCCACAUGCCAACAACCAUGCCGUUUGGUUCCUGCCUCCAUCAUCCCUAGGCCAGUUAUUCUACUCCUCGCCAAAGUGAUAUAUUGUGCUAAAUAUGUGCAGGCGCUUGAAGAUUAUCUCCGUAUUAAACACGACGGGGAAAUUAAACAAGAACAAACUGAGAGCAGAUCUCAAGACACAUCCUCACCACAGGAUGAUACGGAACUUUUCAUAUUUUCAGCCUUUCACGAUACGCCAAGGCCACCAUCCAAACCUGCAUUCCAGCUCCAGUCCGGAGAGCUAGUGCACUGGGAAGACGAAUAUUACCAAAUUAUACCUUGCCCAAUUUCUCUUAACGAAAUACUUCAUCGAUUGCGAAAUGGAUUCUAUAACCGUUUGCCACAAGUGUGGCAUGACGUUAUGCUCUUGCAUAGGAACGCAGUUGCCUUCAACGGUCCGCACGAUCCAAUUAGCGAAGCCGCAGAGGCUCUUGUAAAAUACAUAGCAAGUGGCGCGCUGCAAAAUUUCGAGCUCGCACACGUGUGCGACGACGGCUCAUGGUACCUCGUCCGCCAUUACAACGUUAUAGAGGAAGAUCUGAAUGUGACGGGCCGCAUAUAUGCUGGAAUGAACCCAUUCCGUAAAGGGCUGGAGUUAUUAGCGAACGACCCUGACAACAAAUGGAUAACCGAUGCUGGAGGUGACAACUACAGGGGAUCUUGGUAG